AUGGAGAGUGAAAGAAAGGCAAUGUUGAUUUUGGCAGUGGGGAUUGCUCUGCUGUUUGAGAGUGUUUCUGCACAGAGUGUCUCCUCCAUCAUAAGCAAGUAUUUCUUUAACACCAUUCUCAACGCUGCAGACAGCUCCUGUGCUGUAAAGAACUUCUACGCAUACGAUGCGUUCAUCCAAGCCGCCAACGCUUACUCUGGCUUCGGCACCACAGGAACUUCUGACGAUGGCAAGAGAGAGCUUGCUGCCUUCUUCGCCCAUGUCACGCAGGAGACUGCAUCUUUAUGUUAUAUUGAAGAGAUCGAUGGCGCAAAGAAAGCUUUCUAUGAUGAAAGCAGCACUCAGUAUCCAUGUGUUGCAGGCAAAACCUAUUUCGGCCGGGGACCGUUCCUGCUAACCUGGAACUUCAACUACGGUCCAGCAGGAAACGACAUUGGUUUCGAUGCGUUGAGUUAUCCGGAGAAAGUAGCGCAAGAUGCCACCAUUUCGUUCAAGACAGCAGUGUGGUUUAGGAUGAAACAGAGAAACUGUCAUAGCGCCAUCACUUCUGGACAGGGAUUCGGUGCCACAAUCCAAGCUGUCAGUGGCGCUAUCGAAUGUACCGGUCGUAGUCCAGACAUCGUCAACACACGUAUAAAAUACUAUAAAAAUUACUGCCUGAAGUUGGGUGUAGAUCCAGGCUCCAACCUCUCCUGCUAA